AUGACGUCAUGUCGGAGGCGCGCGCUCCUCUACCUGGGCUGUACUCUAGUUUCGUACGUACGUGUGCGUCUGACGUCAUUCCCCCUAGUAACCCUCGGCGGCGUCUCCAGGAGAGAAGGCAACAAGAUGGGAUUGCUGUCCAUCCUGCGUAAGCUAAAGAGCACACCAGACCAGGAGGUUCGGAUACUACUGCUGGGUCUGGACAACGGGGGGAAGACCACCCUGCUGAAACAGUUAGCAUCUGAGGAUAUCAGCCACAUUACCCCCACACAGGGAUUCAACAUCAAGAGCGUCCAGUCUCAGGGAUUUAAACUGAAUGUUUGGGACAUUGGAGGCCAGAGGAAGAUUAGACCAUACUGGAGAAACUACUUUGAAAACACUGAUGUUUUGAUUUACGUCAUUGAUAGUGCUGACAGAAAGAGGUUUGAGGAAACGGGUCAGGAACUGGCUGAGCUGUUGGAUGAGGAGAAGCUGAGCGGCGUUCCAGUGCUGAUCUUUGCAAACAAACAGGAUCUGCUGACCGCCGCCCCAGCCUCGGAGAUCGCAGAGGGUCUAAACCUGCACACGAUCCGAGACCGUAUGUGGCAGAUCCAGUCCUGUUCCGCUCUGACCGGAGAAGGCAUUCAGGAGGGGAUGAACUGGGUCUGCAAGAGCGUCAACUCGAAGAAAAAGUAGCACUGCUUCUAGUCUUCAGUCCACUCAGGAGGAGGGGGCGGAGCCUCAGCAGCAGCAGAUCCAAGUCCACGCUGCCCCCCCCCCCCCCCACGCCCUCCUGAGCCUUAGUCCGAUGGGAAAUACCUGUGAAUGUACAAGCACUGCUAACACAACACCGACUGGAGUCUCUAACCCUCUGCAUUCCUGUUAUCGCUCAUGUUUACUAAUCUCGGUUUGCUUCUACGAAAAAAGGAGAGGGGUGGGGGGGGGUUGCCUUUGAAGGGAACCAGUGCUGGGAAAUCCGACCACCACCACCCGACCAUGGCCUCGCCCACGGCGCCACCCGCCGCCCGUCACAACCUCCAACGUCCCAAUUAAAGCGCCGUCUUUCAUUGGGAUUCCUGUGUGUUUGUUCAGCUCUGUUCUCACGUUGUCCUGGAAACCAUCCUCCACUCCCCCCACCUCCACCUCGGUACACAUACCUGAUGUUUUUAUUGUUUUUUUUAAUCAUUCCAUGAUCGCUGUACGCGCUUUUUGGCCACUAUGGCUCUGUUUGAGGUGAGGUCUUAUUUUUGUAAAGUUGUUUUAUUUAUGGUGAAGUAGAGUGUAGAGUGCUUUCAACGUUUCAAAAAAAAACGGCACGGUGUGUGAUUUAUAAGGAGAAACAGUCCGCUGUGUUCAAGUCCCGGCUUAACGACACUGUACAUGUUAAUAUGUAUAAAAAGAACACUAUAGAAACUGAACGGAUGAGAGGAACUGACGUGUAAAUAGCUCGGCCCUGUUCAUAUGUUCCAUUAUGCACAUGUUAUAGUCUAUACUGUCUAUACUGUAGUCUAUAAUGUUUGCAUGUUGAAUGUACGUAGACAGAUUUUGAAGUCUAUUCUAUGUCCCGAUGCAUUUCUCUGUGCUCUCUGGAGUAGUGAGGGUAUUUUUACUCUAUAAGCAUUUAUUUCCUUUUGAUAUUCCUGAAUGUACUCUGUCCAGAACUGAAGGUACUGUAUGUGAAUAAAGAGAUAAAGAGAAAAACCCU